AUGCUCGACAAUCCCGUUCUCGUUGCUCCCCGUCCAGUUCGCCUAUCCAAUCUUCUGACUACUCGAAACCGCAUCCUGAGUGGGCCAGACCACGUUGAACGUGCCAAAGUUAGCGACGAGACCGUCGAAAUUAGUGGGUUAGAAGAAAUCGCACCCUCACAGCGGUCUUCUCCCCGUUCGCCUCUCCCUUCUGAAGCGUUGGAAGAAUUCCUGUCCAUACUCCGUCCAUCUUUCUUCCCACCCACAUCUCCUGUGCUAUUCACUCGCCGUGCGGGUGCUGUGUCACUUCCAACUUUCCAGCAUGAACGCUCUUACUCGUUCAAGGGACGUGGUUUCCUGAAGAAUGACUUGAUUAUGGAGGAACUUGAAGCGUCGCGUUCCACACAACCCAGUCGUAAUAUGCACACUCCCGAUAACGAGGAUGAAGCGGACACCAACACACUCCCCGUUCGUUGGUUCACUUCGAGUGUGCUUUCCUCUCCCAUUUCCCGCACGCACACACGCAAUCCAUUCAGUCGUCAUAUCCUGGCAUCCCCGAGCCCGAUCUCUCCCAUUACUUUAUCUCCCGCAGCUAUUCCUCUGCCUCUUCCAACCCCAGACGAACUCGUUCUCCUCGAACUAGCUUAA